AUGUUUAAUGCCAAACUUCUAGUCAGGAAUACAAGACGUUUUCAAAGCGGAACUGCUUUCAAGAAAUGGUCAGACCUCUCACUGAACCAACAACAGAACUUUGUAAAGGGAUUUGUUGAAAACUAUAAGAAGCAAUACCCAGGGUCUAAGACGAAUGUGUCAUUGCAAGGUCUAUCGAUCGGAAUGGAAGCUCACGGAGAUGCACCAGCGGUUUUUGGUAUUUUCUAUAACGACGUUUGGAACCUAUGCAAGAAGUCUAAAGAUAGUCUAUAUUCAAAUGAAGCAAAGGCCCUGCAAAGGAAUGAUAUCAAACAAACCGGUAGAUAUGGACACGAAAGCUUCUAUGACCUUUUGGUCGAGGACGAGCGUUAG